GAGAAACACAGACUGCCAGGAAAAUUACGCCAGAUAGUUGUUGAUCAAAUUGCCGGGGCUGAAAACAACCGAGAGUGCACACAUCCCAGUUGUACGCGCAAUUUUACCCGGAAAAGCCUUUAAUGAAGACCCAAGGAAAAUACGGAGUGACUGCCACGGCGGCUGCUCAGAUUCUUUGCGAGGAUGUUAGAAAUUUUAGCACACGUCGCCGCAAUAUUCUCUACCUAAUGCACCGAUAUCUGGUGGAGAAUGGAUACUAUGCGAGUGCCGAGUCCUUGAAAAGCGAAGGACGUCUAACCGACGAAUACGAACUGUGCGACAAUAUCGAUCUGGAUGCCAUGUACCUGGAAUAUGCCAGCUUUUAUAAUAUGAAAUUUGGUAAAUAUCCGAAAAUUCUUAAAAAAGUCGGAGCCAAAAUUAAGGUGGAAAUGGGUGGUGGAAAGGCGCAUGAGAAGACGCCGGCUAAGGAAUUGCCCAAGAAACCACCGACUACGGACGCUUCUCUGGCCAAUUGGCACAUAGGUGUCGGCGCAGCCACACAGGCGUUGAGCAACGAACAGCCGUUGCAGAUAAAGAAAAUGGAAACAGCAACGGAAUCGAAUGGCCAGGAUAAUGCUUGUGAAAUCGAACAUGUCCAUUUGGGUGGUGAUGAUGUUCUCUUCUCCUCCUUGGAAUGGCAAUCUCUGGCGGAAUUGGUCAAGACAUCGAUAUUGCAGGAAAAUAUCAAGAUCAAGUGGUCGGAUGUUUGCGGAAAUCAGCGAGCAAUUGAGUUGAUCAAAGAGGCGGUACUAACGCCCAUUGAGUUUCCUCAAUUAUUCGCACAUGGCCUGAAACCCUGGAGAUCCUUGCUUCUGCACGGACCACCGGGCAGUGGAAAAACCCUUCUCGCCAAGGCUUUGUAUUCCGAGACACAGGGUCAAGUGACAUUCUUUAAUAUAACUGCCAGCAUUAUGGUCAGCAAGUGGCGUGGUGAAUCCGAAAAGAUACUGCGAGUUCUCUUUCACAUGGCAGCAAAACGAGCACCAUCCGUAAUUUUCUUCGAUGAAAUCGAAAGCUUGACCUCGAAAAGGGACAGGGCCACGGAUCACGAAAGUUCCAAGCGCUUUAAGAACGAACUUUUGCAACUUUUGGACGGUAUGGAGCACUCUCUGAACGGCGUUUUCGUCUUGGCCAGCACCAAUUUGCCCUGGGACAUUGAUGAGGCCUUUUUGCGGCGUUUCGAAAAGAAACUGCUUGUCCAGCUGCCCAAUGCGGCGGAAAGAAGUUGCUUGAUUAACCGACUUUUGGGCAGCAGCAUAUCGCUGAAUCCACGACUACUCGAGCAGCUGGUGGAGAUCUCCGAUCAUUUUACCGGCGACGAAAUACGUCUGGCUUGCAAGGAGAUUAGCAUGCAUCGUGUGCGUUGUGCCACCAAGAUUGGUGAUCGAUCAAUCGGCUUGCUUGCUAAGGAAUCGCCGGCAGCUAUCGAAGCGAAUGUGGAGAAGGCCUUCCGGCAAGUGCGACCUUUGGGCCAGAAGCUGUUGGCCAAACACGAGCAGUGGCAGCAGGAAAACGGCUCGUAGGCUGGAAUCUCGUAAUAUGGAUAUAUUUUUUAAAAGCAACUCAAUAAAUAUCUUUUUUUUUUUUAAUUUACAAUAAAACAUUUAAGCCCGUUUGAUG